UCUGUGUUUGAUUGUUCCUCCCUGAAUCGACUCUUCCGCAGUUGAUUCGUCACCCUGAGAACGGGCCUAGCCUCCGACUGCAGUUUAGUGCGAGUUUUCGUGCGAUAUUGAAUCCCGUUUCAUCCGAUUGGGUCCAUAUUAUAGCGUUAAACAAUGGCGGACGACGAACUGGAGGCUAUCAGGAGGCAGAGGAUGGCGGAGCUGCAGGCAAAGCACGAGAAUGCUAAUAGUCAGCAAGGAGAGGAGGCCAAACAAAGAGAAGAUGAAAUGAGGAACUCUAUAUUGGCUCAAGUUCUAGAUCAGCAGGCCCGUGGCAGGUUGAGCAAUCUUGCAUUGGUGAAGCCAGAAAAGGCAAAGGCAGUUGAAAAUUAUCUUAUUCAAAUGGCUCAGUUUGGAAAGUUGGGAGGAAAGAUUUCGGAGUCGGGCUUGAUCGAGAUCCUGGAAAAAGUCAGCCAGCAAACAGAGAAAAAAACAACGGUCACAUUCAACAGACGGAGGGUGAUGGAGUCAGAUGAUGAGGAUGAUUAUUAACUUGGAAUUAGAGCCCUGGGACGAGCCAAGAAACCAAGAGUUUCUUUAAUUCACUGGGACUCUUUAUGGCAUCUUUGACGAGUAUUUUCCUCUUAACUCAAUCUCGGGAUGUCACACUAGCUUGUGUGUCUCUUUGGAAACUACACACCAGGACGAAUAGAGUGAACAAGGACAUUGGGCUGACUUAACGGCAUGUGGUGGGGGAAGAGCGGACCGGGUGUCAAGAAGGGCUUUCUUUUGCAACUUAUUUUCAAUCAGCUUGUAACAGUUUGUUCAGCCGGUGUUGUACCCUUCUCCUCUAGUUCUCCCCAGUAGUUACUCUUAUUUUUUUUUUCACCAUGAUCAACAACUGUACUACAAACAUAGGAAACUAUACAAAAUCAAAACGUGCUGCUGCUGAUGCAUCUUUAUCUGGACUCAACACAGUGCUUUGUUUUGGUUUCAAGGCUAACCUCCUUUUAGGUUUGAUUGUUGCUCCCUGGUGUUUUCUUUGUUGCAGAAAUGUAUCUUGAAAGUUUACAUAAAAAUUAAAAAGAAGCCUUAAAUUGAAAUGUUUGUUUUUCUAGUGAACUGUUUCUAAAAUUUUAAUUCAAUAUAUGAAUGACUAGAUUCCUUCUGAAAGGCUCCAACUGGAAUUUGAAUUCACUUUGUUUUAUUAAGUUGAGCAGAAAAGUAGCAACCUUGCAUUCAUCAGUAGCUCUGUUUGAGCCUUUACCUCUGUUGAGGAUGGCUACUUUGAAUUUCAUUUCAGAAACAAGAGUUAACAGAUUGCCAAAUGUACCCAACUUCAUUUGUUACUGAGAGCAUGAAGAAUAAAAGUGACUUUUUCAUGAAGAGAUUGUGCUCUGUUCCAUAACGAUGACACUUCAAAAAA